AUGGCUCCUACAAUACAAACUAAUGGUAACACAGCUGAACGAGAUAAACGUACAGCUAGACCAGCAGAAAAAAGGUAAAAGAUUUAAUUAUAACCUGCAGUUUUCAUAACAAUAUUGCAUACUUCUUUAAUAUUUCCAUUUUAGAUCUGAAUUAAUAUGUAGAGUUAAAUAUUGCAAUACAUUGCCUGAUAUACCAUUUGAUCCCAAAUUUAUUACAUAUCCAUUUGAAUCUACUCGGUAAGACCAUGUUUAAAUAUUAACAAGUUAGCUCAUAAUACAUAAGUAAUACAUACUCAACAUUCAUAGGUUUAUUCAAUACAAUCCAACUUCAUUGGAACGUAAUUAUAAAUAUGAAGUACUAACAGAACAUGACUUGGGUGUAGAAAUUGAUCUUAUAAAUAAAGAUACAUAUGCAGGAGAUGUAAAUGCUCAGUUAGAUCCUGCUGAUGAAAAACUUUUAGAAGAAGAUAUUCUUACUCCACAAGAUUCUAAAAGAUCUAGACAUCAUGCCAGAAGUGUGUCUUGGCUUAGACGUACUGAAUACAUUUCCACAGAACAAACUAGAUUUCAACCACAAACUGUGGAUAAAGUAGAAGCUAAAGUUGGUUAUAGCAUUAAAAAAAAUUUCAAAGAAGAAACUUUAUAUAUGGAUCGUGAAAGCCAAAUAAAAGCAAUAGAAAAGACAUUUGAAGACAAUAAAAAGCCCAUAGAAAGACAUUACAGCAAACCAAAUGUGUUACCUGUGGAAAUUUUGCCAGUAUUUCCAGAUUUCAAACUUUGGAAAUAUCCUUGUGCACAAGUCAUAUUUGAUUCAGAUCCAGCUCCAGCUGGACGUUCUGUGCCAGCUCAAAUUGAAGAAAUGUCACAAGCUAUGAUUCGGGGUGUGAUGGAUGAAAGUGGUGAACAAUUUGUAGCAUACUUCUUACCUUUGGAAGAAACAUUAGAAAAACGUCGAAGAGAUUUCACAGCUGGUAUUGACUAUGCUGAUGAUGAUGAAUAUGAAUAUAAAAUGGCUAGAGAAUAUAAUUGGAAUGUUAAAAGUAAAGCUUCAAAAGGAUACGAAGAAAAUUAUUUUCUUGUCAUAAGACAAGAUGGAGUAUAUUAUAAUGAACUGGAAACGAGAGUGCGACUUAGUAAACGUCGUCAAAAAGUUGGACAACAACCGAAUAAUACAAGGUUGAUAGUAAGACAUCGACCACUUAAUGCUAAUGAAUUUAAAAUGCAAAGGUACAGAGAAAAACAAUUGGAACCACCAGGAGAAGAAGAUGAAGAUGAAGAGGAAGAGGAGGAAGAAGAAGAAGAACCUCAACAAGAAGCUGAAAAGACAGAAGAUAGAGAUCAAAAUCUCGUUCAGCGUCACCAUCAAAGUCUAGAUCUGGUUCUCGGUCACGUUCUGAAUCUCAGUCUCCUUCUAGAUCUCAUAGCAAAUCAAGAUCAAGAUCAAGAUCUGGUUCCCCACAGUCCAGAAAUUCUUCAAAAUCGAGGUCCCGAUCAAAGUCAGCUUCAAGAUCUCGUUCUGGAUCCCCAGCUAAAUCUCGAUCUGGAUCUCCAGCCAAAUCUCGAUCUGGAUCUCCAGCUAAAUCUCGAUCUGGAUCUUCAGCUAAAUCUCGAUCUGGAUCUCCAGCCAAAUCUCGAUCUGGAUCCCCAUCAAGUUCGAAAUCUAGAUCGAAGUCGAGAUCCCCCCUCUCACAAUCAAGAUCAGCCAGCGGCAGUGGUAGUGAAUCUGAUACUGAUGGCACCCAAAAAUAAAGAAAAUAAAUCUGGAAAUAAAAAGAGAAAGCAGAUUUCUGAAGAAGAAGAUGAUGAAGAUUAUCGAAGACGUAGGGAUAGAAAUAAUCAAGCUGUAAAACGUUCUAGAGUUAAAAGUAAAUUACGUACACAACAAACGUUAGAACGUGUAAAUCGGUUAAAAACAGAGAAUGAAUUACUUGAGGAAAAAAUUAAGAUGCUUACAAAAGAAUUAGGAUUUUUGAAAGAUCUUUUCCUUGCACAUGCAGGUUCCAGUCAACAUUCUGUAAAUUUUCAAGAUGUAGACUUAAAUGAUCUUCUGGCUGAAGACACAAAAUCUAUAGAACAGAUGAAAGAGACAUCUAAACCAUAA